CUGAGGGGCGCUAAAGAGCAGGAUCGUGGAAAGGAGGAGGCGCCACCGCCGCUCCGCUGCAGGUCUCCUCGGUGAGCUAACUAAAGUCCAUCAACAAGCUAGUUAGCGGUGCGUCGCGGUGGACAUUAUCAAACGUUCAUAAACACUAGAAUAGGAUGGAGCAUUUACUUUAGGAUCCUGACGCGCCUGGAGAGUUAUUCCAAAUCCACGGACCCUUUCGGGUGGAAGUAAUUAGCUUCUUCAUUCAUGCAGUCGGGGAUGCACGGGGGAGUUUGAGCUCUGAGUGGCGGGCGAGCACAGCCAUCAGCUCACGGGGACAACACGGCUCAGUCACCGAGUAGCGCCAUGGUGGUUCCGGAUAGUGCCGGUGUGGUCUCUCCUCCCGACAAUGGGGGUCCAGCACAGAGCGCUGAGGCCGGGGACAGGGGCCAAGACCUGGCGGGGGUGGAGCUGGAAGAGGUGCGAAAGCUGCAGGAACUUGUCCGCAGGCUGGAGAUCCAGAACGAGAGCCUGCGGAACAGAGGAGGAGGCAAGACCAGAGGCUCCAACAGCAACUUGAACGCUGCUCCCGUCAACAUCAACGACAGGCUGGCCUGUGAGGAGCUGACCAACUCCCAUCUCAGGUUGGAGGAGCACAGCAGCACAGACUUGGAGCUGUCGCCGCCUCAGGACUGCUGCAGCAGCAGCAGCAGUGGGGAAGAGAUGUCCCCUUUGCCUGCAGCCAGCAGACUGGGGGAAGAAGAGGAGGAUGAGGAAGAAGAUCCAGCUCUGUGUGGAGAUUUUCUAACUCUCACCUGCAGCAAUGGAGGGGGCCAAAUCCAGACACCUGAGAGCCCCUCUCAGGCUAGUAAUGAAUCAGAGACGCUUGCAGAGAGUGACUCAGGAGUGGACCAAAGUGCGCUGGAUGAAGUGGAUGUCCUAGAUUUGGAGGAUGGAUGCGCAGAUGCAGAGGAUGACGACAGUUGGUGGGUCUCUCUUUUUUAUUUUUCCCACUAAUCCAAUGGAAACUAUGUGAUGGG